GGCUGGAGACGCUGUUAGUGUCGUUACUGUUGGGACCCCAGGAGUCGGCUCUCCUGGCCAGAGGGACACUGCCUUGUGGCAGUUCCCCAGCCUGCUCCCCAGCGGGAAGAAAUGCCCCCUAGGGCCUAGAGGCCUUGCCCAGACCCUGGGUCGUCCAGCUCAGGCCUCUCCCAGUGCCCACGAGUGUGUGUGUGUGUGUGUGUGUGUGUGUGGGGUGGGGGUGCAAAUUUUUAACUAGACACGUUAAUCAUUAAGGAGCGCUAGAGAGGAGUCCAAACAGCCUCACUCCGGGGACACAGACCAGCUGGGCCACAGGCCUCCCGCGGAGAUGCUGGGCCCCCAAGUCUGGGCCUCUGUGAGGCAGGGGCUGAGCAGGGGCUGGUGCAGGAAUGUCCGGGGCUGGGCCUCAGGGCCAGGGAGGAAGGUAGACAUUGCAGGCAUCUACCCCCCUGUGACCACCCCCUUCACUGCCACGGCCGAGGUGGACUAUGGGAAACUGGAGGAGAAUCUGCACAAACUGGGCACCUUCCCCUUCCGAGGCUUCGUGGUCCAGGGCUCCAGCGGCGAGUUCCCGUUCCUGACCAGCAGCGAGCGCCUGGAGGUGGUGAGCCGCGUGCGCCAGGUCAUGCCCAAGAACAAGCUCCUGCUGGCCGGCUCCGGCUGCGAGUCCACUCAAGCCACGGUGGAGAUGACCGUCAGCAUGGCCCAGGUGGGGGCUGACGCCGCCAUGGUGGUGACCCCUUGCUACUACCGGGGCCGCAUGAGCAGUGCCGCCCUCAUUCAGCACUACACCAAGGUGGCUGACCUCUCUCCAAUCCCCGUGGUGCUGUACAGCGUCCCGGCCAACACAGGACUGGACUUGCCCGUGGAUGCGGUGGUCACGCUGUCCCAGCACCCGAAUAUCGUGGGCAUGAAGGACAGCGGUGGCGAUGUGACCAGGAUCGGACUGAUUGUUCACAAGACCAGAAGGCAGGAUUUCCAGGUGCUGGCUGGGUCAGCUGGCUUCCUGCUGGCCAGCUAUGCCUUAGGAGCGGCGGGGGGCGUGUGUGCCCUGGCCAACGUCCUGGGGGCGCAGCUGUGCCAGCUGGAGCGGCUCUGCCUCACAGGGCAGUGGGAAGACGCCCAGAAACUGCAGCUUCGCCUCAUCGAGCCAAACGCCGCGGUGACCCGGCGCUUCGGGAUCCCAGGGCUGAAGAAAACCAUGGACUGGUUUGGCUACUAUGGAGGUCCCUGCCGCGCCCCCUUGCAGGAGCUGAGCCCCGCCGAGGAAGAGGCGCUGCGCGUGGACUUCACCAACAACGGCUGGCUCUGAGGGCGAGCAGCAUGCCUGGCCUGAGCCCGCCUCAGCCUGCGCCCUCACACCUGCAGCCUGAAGAGCCUGGGGGGUCAGAGUUAGAGGCGCCCCCUCCUGUCGCCCUCCAGGGCGCCUUUCACUGGGCACGUCCCGCACACCUAUUCUCAGCCCUGAGUCUAGCACCAUGUGGCUGGAAACCAGGGCUGCUCCAAGGAACCCUGGUUCUGACUCCUCCCCAGGAAGCCGGAGGUUAGGAAACGGGGCCAGGAAUAUGCUGGUCUGUGAAAGCCCCCAGGCUGCAUUCCGGCCAGGGUUGCCUUUCUUAAACCACAUCUUACUAGUUCACUCAUCUCGGUCUUGGCCCUAGCCUCAAGUCCAGUCCUUGGGGACAGCCUAGUGACUGUCAGUGGGUCACUAAUGACACCUAGUGGGUGAACGUUACACUCUAGAAGAUUGGGCUGGCCAGCCAGGUCUGAAACACAAGGGCAGGGACUUGGCCAGCACAGGGCCAUUUCCUGGCCUACAGGAGCUCAGCUUUCAUUCAAAGAAAUCACUCUGGAGCUGGCCCAUGGCACAGCAGUUAGGCUUUGAGCAGAGGAAGCCAGAUCCCCCAUGAUAGACUGGGGUUCAAAUCCUCACCCCUUUGGCUUCACUCUGAGCUUGCGCAUGCCCAGAAUCCUGACAGGAUGAACUGGAGAACUGCAGCGUAACCAGGCCCCACUAGGGGGCGCUUCCUCCCCCCUCUCUGCAAUAGGUGCUAUCAUAGUAAAAACAAAUAAAACUUUAAAAAAUCA